AUGGAUCGAGCGCGAGAAGGUGUGCCGAUCAGAUCACUGAUCCACGUGCUUCAGCAUGCAGCAUGCUUACUCAGCAUGCCUGGCGGCGUGAAGCUCUUCGUCGGUCGGCUCCCAAGGGAGGUCAACAAGACCCAGCUCGAGGAGUGCUUCCAUGAGUUCGGAGAAGUCCUCGAGGUCUUCAUCAUCGCCUCCCAGGCUGCCAGUGGCGUGGGCUGUGCCUUCGUCCGGAUGGCCCAGAUCGACGCCGCCGAGGAAGCCAUCUCGGAGCUUCACGAGCAGCGGGUGCUGAUCCCGGAGCAGGCAGACCUGGGGCCAAUGCAGGUUGCCUUCGCCAAGGGUGAGGCGAUCCGUCUUGGUCUUGACGAGAAGGAGGAGAUCUUGCCAAGCUUCAAAGAAGCGAGACAGAAGGUUGUGGAGCACCACGAGAAGAAGCAGUUCUUCGAAAAGAUGCAGAAACAGCAGGAGGAGCAAGCCAAGGCCUGCCGGGAGAGGGCUGCGUCGCCUUCCGAGCGCCGGCAUCGGUUGUUGUUAAUCGUGGAGUAUCAGCAUGCGCUGAUGAUGCAGCACCAGGAAAAGCCCCGCGAGGCCAUGGCUGGAGAUGUUUGCAAUCUUCGAAGCUUCGGCUGGGGACAUGAAACGCAGGAGCUCGUGACGAUUGUCAAGGCAGCGGUGGUGGAGCUUUUGCGAUGCUGGGUGGUCCGGCUGCCGAGACUACGACCCGAAUCACCAUGGCAAGGAGGCGCUGGCGCACUUCGUCUCCGUUGCAAGCACCGAGUACGGUCACGAGCAGUGGUUCAAGUCUCGCUUCCCGAAGCUCCCGGCGCUGCCCGAGAAGCCCAAGGGAAUGCCGGAGCCAGGCCUCCGCCGGGGCCGCCGCACGGGGCACCGCCCGCGCCACCGCUUGGCCCAGGCAGCGAAGAGAGCGAAGCCUUCAGCGGCUUAAGCGUUUAA